CCUCCCUUCCUCUCUCUCUGUGUCUCUCUCUUUUGGAGCCCUCUCACCCUCUCAUUCAGAGCUCUGAGGUUAUACGUCACUGUCUGUGUAGCUAUAAACACUCUCCUGCAUCCCUCCUUCCAUCCCACUGGACGUCUGCACGGUGACUUGUGUCCAUGAUGAGCACAGCUAGACUAAUCUUUUAGUUACUGUUCUGGGAAGUCGCAGUGAUCUGAGAGUCCUAAGAGCUUCUAGCAUACCUAAACCAGGCAAUCAAGAACACCGACUACCUGGUACAGGUGUCUGGGGCACCCUGAGAUACCGCCUUAUAUCCGCAUUACCAUUUUAAAUGAAUUCUUUCCUUUUGCCAGCCCCAGUUUUGAUGCCCCAUUGACCUAUAAUGAGGGAAUGUUAUUUGGGAUCGCUAAUUGUCUUCCUAUUCCUGACCCACACCAAAGGACAUGAUCAGGAGGACAGUCAAGCUGGUUGUAGCACCACAUCCAAUGACUUGGUGUACAUCAUCGAUGGCUCAUCAAGUCUUGGGAUUGCGGACUUCAACACAGCUAAGCGCUGGCUCGUUAACAUCACCAGUGGCUUUGAUGUGAGCUCCCGACACACUCAGGUGGCUGUGGUCCAGUACAGCGAUACGCCACGUCUGGAGAUCCCUCUCGGGAAGCACCAGGACACCCAGACCCUUCUGAGGGACAUCGCUGCAAUCUCCUACCUUGGUGGCAAAACCCAGACAGGCCGUGCUAUUAAGUUCGCCACUGACCAUGUGUUCUCUGUGGUAAACCAUACCACGAAGACCACAAGGAACCGUAUUGCCGUGGUUCUGACGGACGGACGGUCACAAGACGAUGUGGUGGAUCCAGCAAUGGAGGCCAAAGCACAGAACAUUGUCCUGUUUGCUGUGGGCGUGGGAGAUGAGAUUACCAAUGCUGAGCUGGUGUCCAUGGCCAACAAGCCUUCUUCUACAUACGUGCUGCAUGUGGAGGACUACACCUCCAUUGGGAAUAUAAGGGAUGUGAUGGAGCAGAAACUCUGUGAGGAGUCAGUGUGUCCUGUGAGGAUCCCUGGUACUGUCAAUGGGCAGAAGGGAUUCGACCUGAUAAGUAUGAUGGGGAUCGAGGUAGUGGCUAAAAAGGUCCAGGGAUCUCUCGUAUCAGAAAGGGCUUACCUCCUGAACCCUCGCUUGAACCUUACUCGCAGCACCAGAGGGAUCUUUCCAGAAGGCCUGCCUCCUUCGUAUGUAUUUGUGGCCACUCUGCAGGUGAAGAACCCAGUCCACCGCAUGAAGUUUGACCUCUGGAGAGUGCUGUCUGAAGAAGGUGUCAAGCAAGUCGCAGUGACCUUGAAUGGCCUAGACAAGUCGGUAACCUUUACCAGUACCAGCACGAUGAAGAAAGAGCAGACUGUCAUAUUUAAUGACCGAGGCAUUAAGAGGCUCUUUGACACAGACUGGCACCAGCUGAAGUUGUUGGUGAGGCCCAAACGCAUCACCUGUUUUGUAGAUGAUGCAUAUGUCGAGGAGCAGCUCUUGGAAGAAGCUGUCCCCAUCUACAUCAACGGGAAGACCCAAGUGGCCAAAAAAGUCAACAUAGAAACCACUGUGCCAAUCGUCUUGCAGAAGCUGCGGCUCUACUGUGACCCUCUGCAGAGCGAACGAGAGACAGCGUGUGAGAUCUACUCCGCAGACGAUGACAGGUGUCCUACUGAUCGUUCUCGUGCUGUAGAAGGCUGUGAUUGCCCCAGUGGUAAACCUGGCCCACCAGGCCUACCUGGACCCAUGGGCUUCAGGGGAGAGAAGGGUCGAGAGGGACCUCCUGGCCCAGACGGAAAACCUGGAAAGCUGGGAGAGAGGGGUCCACCUGGGCAGCCUGGAAGAGACGGUGAGAAAGGCGAAGCAGGUCAACCAGGACAAAAGGGGGAGAGAGGACUAGCUGGUCCCAAAGGUGAUAUGGGAAUCCAAGGGCCACCAGGACGGCCAGGCCCUCCAGGACCAACAGGCCCUGGACUCCCGAAAUGGAAUGAUUAUGGUGUAGAAGCAAGCAAGGGAAUCCCAUGGCAGCAAGGGGAAAUAGGACCCCCAGGGAAACCUGGACCACAGGGGGAGCCUGGGAUACCUGGAAAUGAUGGACUUCCAGGACAACUUGGACUAAAGGGUGAAAAGGGAGAUGUCGGUGAGCCUGGAAGUGAUGGACAGAACGGUAUUCCGGGCAUGAGAGGACAUCCAGGUGAAACAGGGCCUGCUGGACCUCAGGGAGAACGAGGCUUGCCAGGGACACCGGGUUCAGUGGGAACAAAAGGACCUCAGGGACCCCCAGGCCCAAUGGGACCACCUGGUCUAGAAGGUCCAGUCGGGCCAAAGGGCAACUCAGGGCCUCGAGGGCAGGACGGCGUCCCGGGUGAACCUGGAUCUAAAGGAUCACAGGGCGAACCUGGAGUUCAAGGCCCUCAAGGCGUCAUGGGUCUACCAGGAUUAAAAGGCCAUAAUGGGGAAUCAGGAGAACCUGGUCCAAAAGGAAGUCAGGGAGAGAAAGGCAGAGAGGGAUCACCUGGGUUGCCUGGGAAACCUGGUGAGCCAGGCCUCAGGGGGAGCAAAGGAGAGCGAGGUGGAGCCGGAGAUCAGGGAAUCAGAGGCGCCGAUGGGAAGAAGGGAGAAAUCGGUUUAAUGGGACCUGCAGGUCCGCGAGGAUAUCCAGGAAACAAUGGGUUGCCAGGGCAACCAGGUAUCCCAGGGUACCCAGGAAAACCGGGGAAGCCUCCUUCAGAAGAACACUUGAUGAAGAUUUGUGCAUCAGUGUUGCAGAAUCAACUGCCACAGCUCCUUCAGGCGAUGUCCCCCAGAGGGUGCCAACAGUGUGAGACGAUUAAGGGACCCCCAGGUGAUCCAGGCCCACCUGGAUCCAAAGGCCCAACUGGAACUCCAGGCUAUCCGGGCAGACCUGGAGCCCAGGGUUACCCGGGACAACCGGGGGCGAUGGGUCCAGUAGGCCCGAAAGGUCAAAUUGGACCAAUGGGCAUGAAAGGUGCCAAAGGAGAGAGUCACAACGGGCUCCCAGGUCCACCUGGCCCACCAGGUUUGCAAGGUCCUCGUGGACAGGACGGAGAGGGAUAUUCAGGACCCCCAGGAUCAACAGGGAAACCUGGCUCACCUGGUAUCCCGGGAAAACGAGGUCCUCCAGGAGCUGCAGGUGUUUGUGACCCAUCCUCCUGUUACAUGGGUUACGCUGGCUUUGUACCGACUUUUAAGGGCCUCCCUCCAUGCUCCUGAGCCCAAACUUGGCACACUGACGUGACUCGUGUGUACUGGCUUGUGUUGGAUUUGGAUUGAUUUGAUAUUAACUUUCGUAUUAGGCCCAAAAACGAGGGCUUAGGAUUUGACCGUGGCAGUUUUUACUUGAGAUUAUUUGUCAAACCUACUACUUUUGGUUCGAAGCUAGAAUAACGAUCAUGUAAUGUACAGCGGUGCUUGAAAGUUUGUGAACCCUUUAGAAAUGUCUAUAUUUCUGUAUAAAUAUGACCUAAAAGAUGAUCAGAUUUUCACACAAGUCUUAAAAGUAGACCAAGAGAACCCAAUUAAACAAAUGAGACAAAAAUAUCAUACUCGGUCAUUUAUUUAUUGAGGAAAAUGAUCCAGUGUUACGUAUCUCUGAGUGGCAAAAGUAUGUAAAACUUUGCUUUCAGUAUCUGGUGUGACCCCCUUGUGCAGCAAUAACUGCAGAUAAACGUCUCCGGUAACUGUCGAUCAGUCCUGCACGUCGGCUCGGAAGAAUGUUAGCCCGUUCCUCAGUACAGAACAGCUUCAACUCUGGGAUGCUGGUGGGUUUCCUCACAUGAACCGCCUGCUUCAGGUCCUUCCACAACAUUUCUCUUGGAUCAAGGUCAGGACUUGUGUGAAAAUCCGAUGAUGUUUUAGGCCAUAUUUAUGCAGAAAUGUUUCGAAAAUUCUAAAGGGUUCACAAACGUCCGCGCACCGCUCUGGCAGCAUGUAGGUGUUUGCUUUGUGGCAGCCUUUGAUAUAUAGAAGACUAUAUUGAUGAGAGAAAUUGUAUUGGGAAAACAAAACUAGGACAACAAAGAUAAGAUCAUUUCGUAUUGAGUCACCUGACCACAAACAACUUUGUCCUCCCACAACCACAAACUUUGUUUCAAUUUCACAUUGGUGCUCGCUUUUGUGAAUUGCAUUUUAUUGUAAAUAGAUAUAGGUGUUGCACUGCCUUCUGAUAUACUACCUCUGUAUUAGACGCGAAGUAGUCCAACAGCUAGACUGUAACGAUAUUUUGUUAUAAAAGUGUUGGCUGAUAUCUCAGACUGCUCAGGAUAUCUCUUGUUUUUGUUCUGUUGUUGUGUGAUGGAUGCGUGUGAUGGAUCACGUCCAAGUUUUGUGUGUGUGAGUGUGUGUGUGUGUGUGGACUACUGCAUUUUUUGAAUGUUUAAACAUUUAUCUCGAAAGCAACCCUUUCAUUUUUAUAGUUUUAGCAGCUCUUUUACUCAGCCCAAGUUCAAACUGGGUGCAUCAGCAACACGUUCUAUUUAUAUUCUCGUCGAAUUGAAGCCAUGAGUAUUUUUUGUUUGUUUGUUUGUUCGUUCGUUCGGUUGGUUUAAGAUUGUCUGCUAAUUGACUAGAUUUUCAUGUGUUUUCAUUUCCAUACUCAUUGUGUUGUUUACAUUGGAACUGAAACCAUUUAUAUGUAACAGUGAUCAAAUAAUAAAAAAAAAAAUUAUCCCUAAAACAAACAAUUUGCUCUGGAGUAAUGAAUUUAUUCUUAUGGGUUUCUGUGCCCAGAUUAGAAGAACACUCGAUAGGAAGCGGAUUUAAG